GUUUGUCUACUUUGUAUCUUCCUUAAUACUAUCCUUGUAUUUUUCUCCCCUAUAAAUUCUUAUCUACUUCUUUCUUUCCUCUUCCAUCCCAAAAAAUUUGGAAACCUUUCCUGUACUUUGUUCCCUAAAAAAAAUGGCACAUCAUAUGAGCCAAAACUCGGAAAUCAAUGUAGCGAAUAGUGGUAGAAGUAGUAGUAGUGAUAAGCUUCCGAACUUUAAACAAUCGGUUCGAUUGAAGUAUGUUAAGCUAGGGUACCAUUACUUGAUCUCGAAUUUUUUUUACUUCAUGUUAGUCCCUUUGGUUCUUUCAGUCUUAGGUAGUGUACACAUUUCGACACAUUCAGUCCAUGGCUUGGUUCAAUUGUCACUAGACAUGGUUAAGUAUAAUUUGGUCACGGUGUUUAUGUGUACGGCCUUGUUGGUCUUCCUAGGCACCCUUUAUUUUAUGAGUCGGCCUAGGAAGGUGUACUUGGUUAAUUUCGCAUGUUAUAAGCCUGAUCCGUCAAGAAAAGUUACAAGGGAACUUUUUAUGGAUAGAACAGUUAAACUCGGAAUUUUCUCUCAAGAAAACAUGGAUUUUCAAAAGAAGAUCCUAGAGAGAUCGGGUUUGGGCCAAGAGACGUACUUUCCUGAGGCGUUGAUCCAACUUCCGCCUAACCCGUGCAUGGCCGAGGCUCGAAAGGAGGCCGAGUUGGUCAUGUUUGGAGCCAUUGAUGAGUUGUUGGCUAAGACUAAGGUGAAGGCUAAGGACAUAGGGAUUUUGGUUGUGAAUUGUAGUUUGUUUAACCCUACACCAUCUUUGUCGGCUAUGAUUGUUAACCACUACAAGCUAAGAGGCAAUGUUUUAAGCUACAAUCUUGGUGGUAUGGGUUGUAGUGCUGGUCUCAUUUCCAUUGAUCUUGCUAAGGAGCUCUUGCAGGUGCACAGCAAUUCCUAUGCUUUGGUGGUAAGCACAGAGAACAUAACCCAAAAUUGGUAUUGGGGAAAUGAUCGAUCAAUGCUGUUAUCAAACUGCCUGUUCCGAAUGGGAGGAGCUGCAAUCCUCCUAUCGAAUCGAGCAUCUGAUCGUGGUCGUUCAAAGUACCAACUUAUGCACACAAUUCGUACACACAAAGGUGCAGAAGACAGGAGUUACAGUUGUGUAUACCAAAAGGAAGAUGAAAGCAAAACAGUUGGUGUUUCGCUAUCAAAAGACUUAAUGGCUGUUGCAGGGGAAGCCUUAAAGGCUAACAUAACAACUUUAGGCCCUUUAGUUCUACCUAUGUCCGAACAACUAUUGUUCUUUGUUACAUUAGUUGCAAGAAUUGCAUUUAAGAUGAAAAUCAAGCCUUACAUUCCUGAUUUUAAGUUAGCAGUGAACCAUUUUUGCAUUCAUGCUGGUGGAAGAGCCGUCCUGGAUGAAUUAGAGAAGAGUCUCGCGCUUUCACCAUGGCAUAUGGAGCCAUCUAGGAUGACCCUCUAUCGAUUUGGAAACACAUCUAGUAGCUCAUUGUGGUACGAAUUGGCUUACGCCGAAGCUAAAGGAAGGAUCAAGAGAGGCCAUAAGACAUGGCAAAUUGCAUUUGGGUCAGGGUUCAAGUGUAAUAGUGCAGUUUGGCAAGCAUUAAGGACUAUUAAUCCUGCUAAGGAGAAGAAUCCUUGGAUGGAUGAGAUUCAACAAUUUCCUGUUGAUGUUCCAAGAUUUACACCACUUAAUAUGCCUCAAGAAUGAUAAUCUUGCUCAUCAUUGUUCUUAAUUUCUCCUCUCUUUUUUUUCUUAGUAAAUACUAGUUUCUUGUUAAUCACAAGUCACAACAAACUUGAACAAAUUUUAUUUAUUUGAACCAUUCCAUUUUUAUGUAGUUCGAUUGUUGUUGUUCACUGAUGAAUACAACUUUGGGAACGAUUAAUUAACAUCGUUAUCUUUUCUUCUUUGA